UCAUUUUUCUUUCGUUUCUCUUUUGAUUCGCCGUUCUGUUGGCAGACAAUCCUAGGGUUUCCAUUCAUCUUUACAAGAGUCGCCAAUCGUCAAUCGCCAUCUUCAUCUGUGAGAAAUCUUCUACUUUCUUAUUAUUACUGUUUCUCUCCCUUUUCGCACAUUCCAUUCGAUUGUGAUCUUUUUUCGUUGCUCUCGUAUUUUCUAAUUGGAAUCUUGGGUUAUUUUGGCCUCCGAAUAUUUCAAGAUUUUACGAUUUUACACAACUGGGUUUCUGAGUUUGAUCUGCUUCUUGUUCAAUUUGUUACGUGCUUUAGAUAUAUAUAUAUAUAUAUAUAUAUAUAUAUAAAUAUUUUUCGGGGGUUUCGUUUCGUGUGCUAUUUGAUUUGCCAAAGAAUUGAAUUCUGAACCAGAAACAUUAGGGUUAUUUAUUUGGUUUGCUUUACAUAGACAUAGAUAAAGACAAUCUAUUCCUCUUAGAUUGGAUUUGGAGUUUGUAAGUGAGAAUCCACAUAGAAGCGACAUCUUUAUUAAUUUGACGGUAUAACAAGCUGCUUGAUUUGGAAAUCGGUUAAGUUCUUUAAGAAGUUUAUAAUAAAGGAAGUAAACUCUUUGAUUUGGAAGCAAUAUGGCUGCGGAUAUGGAUUUUUCACAUCCAUAUACACUUUUAGAAGGUGGCUACCAUAAGGACAAUGCCUCAGCCAUGGAAGACGAAGCUUCGGAGAAUCUGAGUGGUAUAAAACAACAGAACACUAACGGGAAGCCUCCACGACAUCUAGUGCGGCAUACUAUGAGCUCUUUAAGGCUGCUGGCAACAGCUGAUUUGACUUUGGAUGUUGGGAUAAUUCCCAAUAAUUCGCCUUCUGAUGAGAAAUCCGGGUUUCUGCCCAUUUUCAGAUCUGGAAGUUGUGCUGAAAGAGGACCUAAACAGUACAUGGAGGACGAACACUUAUGUAUAGACGGUCUUGUUGAACAUAUAGGCAAUACACUGCAGAUCCCAUCUCCUGGAGCCUUUUAUGGGGUAUUUGAUGGUCAUGGAGGUGUGGAUGCAGCAUCCUUCGUUCGAACUAACAUCCUUAGAUUCAUAGUGGAGGACUCCCAUUUCCCAACAUGUUUGGAGAAAGCAAUUAAGGGUGCCUUUCUGAAAGCUGAUUAUGCUUUUGCGGAUGCCAGCUCUCUUGAUAUCUCCUCUGGAACCACUGCAUUGACUGCCCUUAUUUUCGGAACGACCAUGAUCAUUGCUAAUGCUGGGGACUGUAGAGCAGUGUUGGGGAGGCGAGGUAGAGCAAUUGAGAUGUCAAACGAUCACAAACCCAAUUGCACAUCUGAAAAACUGCGAAUAGAGAAACUUGGAGGGGUCAUUUAUGAUGGCUAUCUCAAUGGCCAAUUAUCAGUGGCUCGUGCGCUCGGUGAUUGGCAUAUGAAAGGCCCGAAAGGUUCUGCCUGUCCUCUGAGUGCGGAACCCGAAUUGAAGGAGACCCAUUUGACCGAGGAGGACGAAUUUUUAAUAAUGGGGUGCGACGGACUAUGGGAUGUAAUGAGCAGCCAAUGCGCUGUUACUAUAGCGCGGAAGGAAUUGAUGCUCCACAACGAUCCUGAAAGGUGCUCUAGGGAGCUGGUUAGGGAGGCACUCAAGCGUAACACUUGCGAUAAUUUGACUGUCAUUGUGAUUUGUUUUUCGCCCGACCCUCCCCCUCGGAUAGAGAUACCUCAAACUCGAGUGAGGAGGAGUAUAUCUUUGGAAGGUCUAAAUUUACUGAAGGGCGUAUUGGAUUGUAAUUCGUGUGACUUGGAUGAGCAAAGCAAUGCAAGAGGGAACUGUUUAAAACCCGGCAUGUACAGAUAACAACACAAGGGUUCAAAUUGGUUAAGGGGGGUAUUCUUUUUUUCUUCUUCUUAUGCCCACUGCUUCUGUUUCGUGUCAUGAUUGAUUCAGGGAAAUAAGAUCUAUUCUUUCUUUAUUGUAUAUGGUGUACAUCGGAGAGAGAGAAAGAUUUGAUAUAUCAACUGGCAGUUUAGAACCGGGCAUUGUUUGAUUUUUGUGUUAGUCUAUUUCACUAUUCUUUCUACACUACGAGAUCAUGAACACUGAGAUUUGCCUUCUUUUUCCAA